AUCAUCCAGUGGUGCUGCCAUCAAUGUUGUCCGGCUUGAAAAGUCAGCGAAGUGCCAUGUGGAAAAGCUGCUGUAAACAGAUUCUGUUAAUGUAAACUGAAACCUUUUGUACUAUUAUAGCCGACAAUGAGUCUUUUACCUCGCACUACGGAGGAGUUCAGCUCCGCAGAGUACUGGGAGAGAUUCUUUAAGAAGCGCGGAGAGAAAGCUUUUGAGUGGUACGGAGACUACAACAAACUCUGCGGCGUGCUGCAUAAAUACAUCAAAGUCCAGCAUAAGGUAUUGGUGGUUGGUUGUGGUAACUCUGAACUGAGUGAACAGCUGUAUGAUGUUGGCUACAAACAUCUAACUAAUAUCGACAUCAGUGAGACGGUGGUGACCCAUAUGAACCAGCGAAAUGCUGAGCGCCGGCCGGGCCUGACCUUCCAGCAGGUGGAUGCAACACAAACUCCAUAUGAGGAUGCCAGCUACCAGGCUGCUCUGGACAAGGGUACACUGGAUGCCAUGGCAUCAGAAGAAGAAGGAGCCCUGGCGAGGAACAUGCUCACUGAGGUGGGGCGUGUGCUAAGUGUUGGGGGCCGAUAUGUCUGUGUGACAUUGGCUCAGGAGAGUGUGAUCAAGUUGGCUGUGGAGCACUUUGUUCAGUUGGGGUGGGCGGUGAGGCUCCAUUGCCUGCAGGCGGAAAGUGGGAGAGAGGAGGAGUCCUUUGCUCUGCCUGUCUUUGUUCUGGUCUGCACCAAGUUUCGUCAGCCUAUGCCGACGCCUGUCCUGGAGACGUGUGUUGGGGAAGAUGGAGCACCUACUCGUCUCACGCAGGUAGCAGAGUUGUUGUCAGUGGUGAGGGAGCAUCAGGCUUACUCUGUCUUGAAAAAAAGGCUCCGUACAAGCACAGACCCCAGCUCGGAUGUCUCACUCACUCUCUGCCACGCCAAGACUGGCCUUCCCAGAUACACUCUCACAGUGCAAGACUCUCCCCCAGGUGCCAAGGUGCCAAGAUCAAACCAGUUUGCUAUUUUUAUUGUGCCUCAAGGCAGUGAGACAGCUUGGCUCUACAGCUCCUGUGAGGGUCGACGGCAGCUGGCAGCUAGUGCUAAUUUCCGACGUCUGGUUAUUGUGGCAAUGCACAGGAAUCAGGAGUACACAGACAUGCAGGCUGUCCAGUCAGAACUUUCACCAGUGGUAAUGGACCUGGCUCCCCCGGGUAUGCCAGCCAACCAGCAGGUUCCAUUUCUGUCAGUUGGAGGUGACCUGGGUUGGCGAGAGGAGGUCAGCAGGGGUGUGAGUGAGCUGAGUGGGGAGUAUUGUGUGGAGAAUGUCAAAGGAGAAGAUGGAGAACUGUAUCGGAGACUCAUUUUCCUGUCUAAUUCUGCCCUCAUCCAAUCAGAGAGCCGUCUUUUCCCUUCAAAUACUGCAGCAUCCAGUCACAAGAAGAAAAACAAAAAGAAGGUCAAGCCAGCUGUUGUUCCAACAACAUCCUCAGCCUCUCUGUCAGUGGAUAGUGGCUUCCUCUGCUGCGCUCACCAUGAAGUUAUGGUGGCAGGCCUUGCCAUGCUUGGGGUAGGCAUGCCACAGAACAAAGAUGUUCCAGUGUCAGUGCUUGUGGUAGGACUUGGCGGAGGAGGCUUGUCUCAGUUUCUACGAGACUUUGUGCCCAAUGUUACUGUUGAGGUUGUAGAACUAGACCCUGUUGUGAUGGAGGUGGCAAAGGAAUGGUUCGGAUUCCGACCAGAUGAUCGUUUGACUGUCACUCUUGGAGAUGGGCUUGAACGCAUCUGUGCCCUGGAGAAAGAAGGUGGUCGUUUGUUUGAUGUCAUCAUGUUUGAUGUAGAUAAUAAAGAUAGUACUGUGGGUAUGAGCUGUCCUCCUGCCGCCUUUGUGGAAGCCUCAAUCCUGCAGAAAGUCUGCCAUUUGCUAACCCCCAGAGGUGUAUUCAUACUGAACCUUGUAUGUCGUGACACGGUCUUGAGGAAAAGUGUGUUGGAGCGUGUGAGCUCCGUGUUUCCCGCCAUCCUCUCUAAAAAGAUCGAAGGGGAGGUUAACGAAGUCCUUCUGUGCUCUCGUGGAGAAAAUGAGACACCGGACGCCGCUCACAUCCUUUCAUCUCUGAACCACGCCGCCAAGAGUCUGCAGAGUGUGUUGUGCUCCAGCAGGACUGGAACCAGCAGCAGCCCACACAUAGACAUUGCAGAGUUGUUGAAAAACCUGAAAGUAGAGUAGAGUUUCUUUGUGACCAGGGGGAUGAAAUUUAAUCAUGUGUUUAGACUGUUUGGAAAAAAUAUGGCGAAGAUCCCAAAAUAUGAGAGUGCUUUGACUUUGCCAUUCAGUGCAAUGUAAUGAAAAAAGUAUUAUUAUGUAUAUUAUAAACAAUGAAAAGUAAAGAACAUUUUAUCUUAACAUCA